AUGGCCCUGUCAGAUGAGUCACGCGGGGAAACCUACGGUGAGCUGAUCCGAGACUAUGAGCCUGCAGAUGGUUCCAGCUGGCGCUGGGGAAAGCCAGACUAUGCCACCUUGAACAAGGCCUAUUUCCAGCACCGGACUAUGGCGCAUCAGGAGGGGACUCUGGAAGCGCUGGUGCAGAGGAUCCUGAAGAAUUGGCAGGUCGAAGCUCAUCACAUCGCCGACAUUCACAAGUGGAAGACCAUGGAUGUUACCAAGUUCAAGCUGGCCGUGAACGGCGGCUGCCCCUGCAACGCGCAACUCAUGGCCGAAGUGGGAGCGGCCAACAUCAUGGUGGGCGAGACGUUGGACUAUGCGGCAGCCUCUGUUACGCAUGAGGCCUCAAACAAGAUCUUCCGCGACGCCUUCCCGGAGGGUUUCGCUUGGGAGGUCUUGGAGGUCUACUCUGGGCCGCCAAACUUGCUCUUCAAGUGGAGGCAUUUUGGGAAAUAUAGCGGUACCUUCACCGACAAGAAUGGGAAGAAGUACCAGGGCAACGGGGACCUCCACAAUGUCAUUGGCAUGUGCCUGGCCAAAGUGAACGAGAAGCUGGCAAUCGAAACCUUGGACGUGUACUACAACCCUGAGGAGAUGACGAGGCCGCUGACCUCGAGCCUCGUGGACGCCUCGCAGCGGCCCUUGAAGGAGGACGACGAAGCAGCUGGAGAUUCCAAGGUCGCGCUUGGCGGGUGCAAAACAGACAAUUGCGCAGUGAUGUGA